AUGAAGCCUCAGGCGUUGCUGGAGUUCCAGGCCGCGACCGCGCUGCUCACUCAGGAGAUGGGGCGGAUGACCGACGAAAAGCUUGUUUUGGGAGCUCAAUCUCUGGGCUGUUUUCGAUUAGAACACAUUUCUCGUUUCGCCGAGCAGAGUGAACGUUACCGGAACACGCUGUUCUCCUUUAUCCUCGGUUCUAAGCUGAUGCUGGAUCCGCCGGGUGAUCUCGAUCCAUCGCGACAGAAGCCAAUUGAGUUCGAAUCAGCAAUGAUCGAUGGUGCUAGCAGCCAGCUUUGGGUAAGGGAGACGAGCAAGUCCCAAGCUGGCGGCGCAGCAAGGCGACCACUAUCACGCUUUAAGAAAUCCCGAAUCCAGAGCGUUGGGUUCCGGCCCGCGUGA